UCAGAGCCCUUUGCACCGCGUUGUUGGGCCAAGAAAUCAAAGGUCAAAACUUCAUCUAUAAAUGAAUCAGCAGUUUUAGUCGAUGUCACUGACACUGUGUUCGUGAUGCAGGGAAUCAUGCGGAUCCUGUUUGCUGGUUUGCUGCUGCUUUCUGCGACCGUCCUCUGUCAGGAUGCAGGCGUCACUCUGCGUUACAGAAAUUUUAUAUCGCGGCAUGUUGGGCAGGUGAGCCGGGACAGAUGUGACCAGGAGAUGGGAAGCAGGCGCCUCACCACGAUCAGUGGCAGCAAUGAGUGCAAGGCGACCAACACCUUCAUCGGCGCCACCACCAACAGAAUCAGAUCCAUCUGUGGGAGUGCAGGAGCGCCGUACGGUGGCACAUUGACCAGAAGCCUCCAACCUUUCCCCAUCGUUGUUUGUGAACUGAAAAACCAGAAUGCGAGGCACCCGCACUGUCAGUACCGCGGUCGAGCUUACACCAGGUACAUUGCAAUCCAGUGUGAACAAGGUUUUCCUGUGCACUUUGAAAGAGACAUUGUGAGCUUUGACUGAUGUAACAGUCGCUGUCACUUGUUGAAUAAAAUACAUUUGAUUUGGUUGGAUACUGAAUCAGUGACUCUAA